AUGUUCUACAGUCACGAAGUCCUCACCUCUCGCAAACAUGGUGUUGCAACGGUGUGGCUCGUUGCUACGCUCGGCUCCAAGUCCAAGAUGAGAAAGGUCACUCGCAAAGACAUCCUUGACGUCAACGUACCCAAAGCUUGCGAGACAAUCAUUGCGCCUCAAGCUCCCAUGGCGCUGCGUCUCCAGAGCAGUCUUCUUUACGGAAUCUCGCGCGUGUAUUCCCAACAAUGCUCCUACAUCCUAACCGACGCGCAGAACGCGCAGACCAACAUGCGUGCCGCCAUUCGUGCCAUUAAGAGUGUGGAGUUGGAUCUGGAGGUUGCACAAGCUAGGCCGGAGCAGCUUCUACUCGAGGACGAUCCGACAUUUCUCCCGGACUUUGCGCUCGCUCCGCUCGACUUUGACCUCUCCAACCUCGAAGCGCCGUCUCCCCGAUCAGAGAAACUAAGAAGCAGCCGAAGCGGUUCACGAUCGAGCAUCUCGCUUGAAGAGCAACUACCAGCAGGACCUGUGGGCGGACUGGAACUGCCUACAUCGGAUUCAAUUGGAGGAGACCUUGGUGGUUUUGUGGUUCCUGGUGACGAAGGCCCAGGUGUCAAGGUCCCAGACGCUGGUGCUCUCAUUGCGGAAGAUGAUGGCUUUCUGCCGGAAGCGGACUUUGGAUUCGACGCGGAUGGCAAUCUUCUGGAAUUCACGGGUACAGAUCAACCACACCACAGCACGCCUGGCACUGCACCGCGAUUGGGGCUGGGAAGUGACACUGCUGCGAGCGCGAGGGUCAGACAGGACCAUGAAGGUGGCCAAUUGCCUGGAGAAGAUGUCGGAGAUCGUAUGAACAUAAACAUUCCCCUAGGCGACGACCUCGAACAGCUUCCCGAGGGCGAGGCCUUUCCCUCCGCUCAUGACGUCCCUACCUCUCCCUCCGGCCGUCCUUUGACUGAAGGGGAUGUUGUCGAAACGGUCUCUUCAGAGCAGGCGCCGAUGAAGCGCAAGCGCAAAGCCCGCGUCAUUGCUCUUGACCAGUCCAUGGAGCUCCGCAACACAGAUUUGUCGAACUGGAUGAAAAACUAUCCUGCCAACAUGGCCGAAGCAAGCAUGCACAAGUUUGAAAUCCGGACAAAAGCGCAAGCUAGGAAAAAUGCCGAGCACUGGGUUCUCGGUGGCCUUGGUGGCAUCAGUGGUAUUAUCGGAAAUACUACCCUCAGCGGUCCACUCGACAUGUUCCGGGGAGAUGCCUUGCUCCGCGCUUUAGGCAUCGCGACAAAGACAUCGGUUGCCGGACAGAAACGGCCUCGUGAGAGUGUUGAGGAAGAACAGACGGAAGAGGAGAGACGUACUCGUCAACGUUCGGAUGAAGAUGACGUUGCACGCAGGUUGGAUGAAGACAGUGGUUUUGUCAACAUCGAUGACAUUGAACCCGAGCUGCCACGCGAAGGUCAACAAGAUAUGACCGAACAUCUCUCAACUGGCAUGCCGUGGAACAUUACCGCAUCUGCGCGCGGCUCCUCCGUUGCUCGAAGCGUACGUACCGCCCUAGGGCUCGGCAGUAUGGGUGCAGCAGCUCCCACUUCGGCCGGCGGUCCGAGUUCAGUCGCAGGACCAGCUGGUUCACUAGGACGACGCGGAAGCCGUCUCGUCAGCGCAAGUCCAUUGCUCGGCCGCGGCCGCGCUGGUACUCUCGAGCCCCUCCGCAGUUUGGAGGCCGAAGAAGGCGCAGCGCUAGGGGAUGAAGGCGUCAGCCUUAAUGAUGAAGAAGAGUUUGAACUCUACGGCACCGCUGCGGGAGUCGACACGCAGACGGCGAACGAAUCGCAGUUUCUGAACACGAGUCUCUUGCAGGAAGAGAACAAUGUCCGCGUGUGGAUGUACAAUGCCCUCAAGGAGAAGAUGGGCGUGCCUGCUGGCGACGAAGAAGAUGUCCCCGAAUCAGAUGCCGUUCCUGAGGGCUUGUUUGAGAGCGAAAUCCUCUUUGAGGAGCUGGUCCCGCUGGAGGGGAAUACGAGAAUCGUCGCGUGUCAGGCUUUUAUGCAUGUCUUGUCUCUGACGACGAAGGGCUUCAUUACUGCUAUGCAGGAGGAGCCUUUUGCUGACAUUCGGCUCGCACUUGUGCCUGUUCAGGGUUAA